CGUUGUGCUCAACGGAAGUGGAAGUAGUCGUGCAGCUCCACUCUCAGCAAACUCUGUUCGCCAUAACAGUUGGCUUAGUUAGUCCCCUUCCCAUAAUUUAGCCUAGUAUUCGACUAUGACGCUUUUAUCCAAUGUUACAGAGCAAAUAUAGCAUUUUCCUCAGCAGGGCUGCAACUCCCCCCUUCCUAUGGAACUCACCGAACGCGGAACUUGGUGUGUGCGGCUGUCGUCUUGUUCUCGCUCCGUUCAAACACCAUCAGGUGUGUCCAGACAUAACCUCUGCUGUGACAGGGGAGACUGGGGCAGGAAAGUCCUCCUUCGUUAAUGCCAUCAGAGGUCUUCAAGAUACUGAUGAAGGAGCUGCACCCACUGGAGUCACAGAAACCACCACGAUCAUGGCUGAUCAACAGGAUGAACUCCGUGCUUUACUAAAUGAUUCUGGUGAACCGACCUUGGAGAGGGCCAUUGCCAAAGCCAGAGAGAUGGUGGAUAGGUUAGAUAAUGUCACUCUCAACAUUGCUGUGACAGGGGAGACUGGGGCAGGAAAGUCCUCCUUCGUUAAUGCCAUCAGAGGUCUUCAAGAUACUGAUGAAGGAGCUGCACCCACUGGAGUCACAGAAACCACCAUGGAGCCCACCAUGUACCCCCACCCAACCCUGCCCAAUGUGAACUUAUGGGACCUGCCAGGCAUAGGGAGCCCAACAUUCAAAGCACAAACCUACAUGAACGAUGUCAAAUACCAAAACUAUGACUUCUUUAUCAUAGUAAGUGCAUCCAGAUUCAAGGACACUGACAUCAUGUUGGCAAAAGAAAUCAAGAAAAAUAAGAAGAAUUUCUACUUUGUUCGCACAAAGACUGACUUUGAUGUAUCACGAGAAGAGAAAAGGGGAGUAACAGAGAGGGCAACACUUCAGAACAUAUGGAAGAACUGUGUGGAAAAUCUCAGAACGCUGGGACCCCCUCCUGUCUUCCUCAUUACAUCAGAUAAUCUGGAAAGGUUUGACUUCCGGAAACUGGUAAAUAAUCUGGAGAGGGACCUUCUAGAGGAGAAGAGAAAUGCUCUGGUUUUGAGUUUGCCUGUUUAUUCCAAGCAGUUUCUUGAGCAGAAAUACAGUUUAUUCAAGAAAGCAGCAUGGGCUGUGGCCAUCGCAGCAGGUGCCAUAGCGGCAGCCCCAGUACCAGGUCUCUCACUAGCAUGUGAUGUUGCCAUGGUAGUAUCUUUCCUAACCAAAUGCUACAAUUCGUUUGGUCUAAAUCAUAGAUUCCUUGAAAGAUUGCCACAGAGAGUAAAGAAGCCAAUACUGGCAAUGGUUAGAGAAUCAGAACUUGUCAUGGCGAUUGCUGAAGAAUCAUCGGUUGCAACAAAAGUGUCAGCAAGGCUUGGGGCAGCACGGGUUAUGGAGGCACUGUUCAGACUUGUUCCUGGUGCUAGAAACACAGCAACAGCUGGGGUAUCUCUUGCUAACACACUAUAUAUGCUCCUAGAAGGGGUGAAGGAACUGUAUAGUGUAGCCAAAAGGGUGAAUGAAAUGGCAGAACUAAUGCAGAGUAAAGCAAACCUGUGACCCAGGCUGAAUGGGUGGGAAUGCUUACCAUGUUUAAGAUCCAUGAUAUGUGAAUCAAGAACUAUGUUUUACAACAAUAUUAGGAAUUCAUCUGAAUCAAGGACUAAUUAAUUUGUUUUAUCUUGAGUUGUCUUUUUAGAUCUGAUCAUUUUUUUUAUCAAAUUCUAGUAAUUUUCUAACCAGGAUCUGUACAAGAGCGUUUCAAUCAACUUCUGCACAAUCUGAUAAUCUAUUUAAAAAGGCUUUCCUUCUGUUUGGUCAUGAGCCUUUCUGUAUUCACUGGGUAUCCUUCUGAUGUUGAUGAUGUUUUGAGUUACCGUCAAACAAUCAGGACAACUCUGGGAUCAUUAGCCUGCACAAGUAUACUGUGUGAUGAACUGUAGAGUGUAGUGUAAGAUAAAUUCAGUUUAGGUAUGAAUUUAUUAACAUUUUAUUUCUAUUAACAAUGUAUGCCCAUUUAACC